UUAACUUAUAGCAUCGACUCAAUUGAGUUUCCAUUCGAUCUGUGAAACAUUUACUUGCAGUUUUUGUAUUUUUAUUCCACCAUGGCAAAACAAAACAAGAACAAAUACACCGAUGAAAAGUGGGAUAAACUCUUGGAAGAAGGAAUCAAGUACGCACACAACAUUCCGCAAAGGCAAUUGAUGAAAGAUGCUCUCGAGAACCAAUACAAGGAUGAAAAUUUCCAUAAAAUGCAACAAGAUGCGUUCCAUAUAAUGACCAAUAAAAAUGUGGUUGAAUUUACGACUCAGAAAGAUCGUGACCUAAUUGGCAAAAUGUUCCCAGUAAAUUUUAGUGAUCCAUCAUAUCUACAGAAGCCUCUAGAAUCACUUCAUCGAUCUUAUGAAAAUUUCGUGGCAAAUCCCCAAAUGCAAAAAGAAGUUUCCAACCUACGAAAAAAACUGGAUGAUAUGAGCAAAUAAGGAGAGCACGAUUAAAGAAAACCUUUUGAUUG